AUGAACUCUGCGACUAUAUACUUCUUUAUCUCUACCCCAGCAAAUCUUAUAUCAGAUAGUCAGUUGCGUACUGAAUUGUCACAGAAGCGCCCUCAUAAAAACAACUUGAUUAAGUGUUCUUUGCGCGCGCCGUUUAACGGAUUAACUAAUCUGUUAAAAGUACGGCCGAGGGUCUUCCAUAACGACAUCACGCUUAUUUACUUCAAGUUGAGACUUUUGAUUUUUGGUGGAUUGACGAAAACCAGCCAAGCUCUUUUUAGUCUGAAUAAUUUCUCCUUCAAGUUUAAAAGUUGGUUCAUUUACCUCUUCAUUCAUAAUACUUCCGUGGCCAUCUUCACAGAAAAGCUGCACACUGAAAUAAAAAUAAAUUUAAAAGUGAAAAAGUAUUUGGUCAAACAGUUGACUAAGCUAAUUUAA